UUCCCAAACCCUCAAAAGGGUUUUCUCUCUCUAACGUGACCGCACCCCACGACUCUCACAGUCAGAGACAUAGUUCUUUGUCUCUGUAUUUUUUUAGGUCACUCAAUUUCCUGAAGCAACCUACCGCAACCACCCGCGAUAUGGGUACCGCCACCGCUAUCGACAAGACUGAGGAGGAGCUCCAGCGGGAGAUCGAUGAGCUCUUCCGCCAACAGCGCCAGAUUACUGAGCGGUUGCGUGAUCCCCGGGGACUCCGAAGAGGUGGGUUAUCUGGUGCUGGUCCUCGGAACUUUGCCGCCAAUGGGGUUCGCUCGCGAGGCUUUGUUCGACCUGCUGAUAGGAAUGAUGCAGAAGAUCAACAACCGGCAAAACGGCGGCUUUUGUCUGCCGUUGUGAAGGUGGAGGAUGGAGAGAUUGUUGAGGAUCCUGCAGUGUCAAAGGAUUUGAAGAAGGGGCAAUCAGUUGAGGAGGAAAAUGCUGGUGUUGCCAUAGAGGAUCAAAACGACGGAAAGCCAUAUAGUCUACAGCAGAGCGGUUGGUCCAGGAGGGAUGGCAAUCAGAGGGCAGGAAGGAGGGAGGCUGAACUUCCUGUUGCUGAGCCUGUGCCAAGGGUGUUGCCAAAGAACGAGGAUCCCAGUUUGGUUAGCAGAAAUAAGAGAAUGUUGGGGCAACUUUUAGGUACUUUGGAGAAAUUCCGGAAAGAAGAUAUGGAACUUUCUGGCACAGAGGCAUUUAAACAAAGGUCCAAUGCCUUGCUGAGGGCUGAGCAAAGAGCACGAGAAGAAAGUGAAAAGCUGAGGCAGCAAGAGCGUGAACAAAUUGCAGAAAAGAGGAGGAGGGAUUUGAUUCUUAGAGCACGGGUUGCUGCCAAAACAGAAGAAAAGAAGUUGGAAUUGCUGUUUCUUCGGUGGAGUGAGCACCAUAAAAAACUUUGCAAUUUUAUAAGGACUAAUGCGGAGCCUCCAAUCUAUUAUUUGCCUAACAAGCCACUAGAGGAAGAUGCAACCUUACUUGAGCAACAAAAAGAGCAGACAUUGUCGGAAUGGAAGGCUACUAGGAGAGAGGAACUGUCUGAAUAUCAGAAGCAGAUUGCAGAACAGUACCUUGGUAAUGUUGAAAAGGAUUUAGAAAGGUGGCAAAAUGCGAGGAAAGCAAGGAGACCAAACAAUGACGCAAAUUUACAAGAGACAAUGGACAAAGAAUUAGACACCCAUAGGCUUGAGCACGGUCCCAAGACAAGAAAGAUCCCCGGGGGAAGCAACAACGAAGAUGAGGAGGAUGUGGAGGAUAUCAAUGUUGGGGAAGAUGACAUGAUGGAUGAUGUGCUGGUAGUUGAUGACAAUGUUAGAAGGGACGAUGAAGCAGCCAAGCCUGAAACUGGUAGCACUAGCGGCAGUGCACCUCCUGAUAAUCUUGAUCAGUAAUUGAAGGCAUCCAAUAAAUCCUUCAGUCAGGUAUCAGUGAACUGUGCAAUAGUGAUAAGUCCAAGGAAGCAGUCUCUUACAUACAAGCAAUGUGGAUUUGAUGGACUGAGCGUCUGACUAGGCAGAACAUGGCCAAUAACAAAAAGGCAAAUAUUAAAAAAAAAAGAAAGAAGAUUUUUUCUUUUUUUCUUUCGUUUUCUCUCUGCUCUUGACUGAUUUUCCCACCUCCUCCUUAGAAACAGAGCAUGGAGAAAAGCAAAAGAGAAGGGUAGAAAGUAGAAAGCAUGUUAAGGUUGGAGAUACAUCAAUGGAGUUGAAUGAAAGGCAAAAGCAUGGCAAGGAAUUAGGUGGUAAGAAGGAGAAAUGGGGUUAAUUCUAAAUGGGAAAUCAAAGUGGUUUUUUCUCAAGAUUUAUCAGAUUUUUAUUCUUAUUUACUUCACCUGGAAGAAAAAAAGAAA